GUGCAUUUGAUAUCUAUGUUAUUACUUUAUAAAACACUACAACCUUUCUUCAACAACAAUCAUCAUCUCUCACGUUGGACAUUUGGAAACCAUGCUGCUGCUGCAGUUUUCAUUAUCUUAGAAAAACCAGGACGGAGAUCAUCAUAUGAACAGUUCACUUUGACUGUCUUUUCCCUUAUCAAGAACUAUCAUCAAGUUUGUCAUCCUGCUUCAUUGAAAUAGAGGUAUACGAUGGAGGAAGAGGUUGGUCUCUGGACCAUGUUCUGCAGAGCUUCAGGAUGCUCAGAUGGCUUUGGAAAAGAAUGUCGGUCAGCCAGCAUCGACCUUAUCAAUCCAGACUCAUGUCUUGAUCAUGUCGUCACACUUUGCAUAGACCUCGUUUUACUGCUCACCACCUCAUUCAUCUUCAUCUGCAACAAGUCAGCAGCAGCAAGCAGCUGGAAGAAAUUCACCGCAGCUCAUGAACCGCUCUCAGAUGCCUUCUCCAAACUGUUGAUAUCCUCAGCCAUCUUCAAUAGCCUCGUGAGCAUGCUCUAUUUCGGGGUUGGUUUAUGGGAACUCUCUAACAUUAUCUUGCCACUACAAAGAUGGAUGGUAUUGCUCUUCCAAGGCUUGGCACUCUUGAUGCUGAAUUUGUGUGUAAGCCUGAAUGGUGGCGGUGGUAGUAGCAGUAGCAGUAGCAGUAGUAACAAACAAACCAAUUUUCAAGUUUCAGCUGCCAUGAAGUUGUGUUCAACUUUGGCCUUCUCUCUUCUCUCCACCUUUCUCUGCUUCACUUCUCUUUGGCAAGCCAUAGUUAUGAAGAACAAGACUGUGUCUGCUAAAAUGGUUAUAGAUAUCUUGUCGCUUCCAGGGGCAGCUCUGCUUCUUUCCUGUGCCCUAAGAAGAAAGAUCACUUCUCAAUCCUACCAUACACCUCUGCUUGGCAAAGAAGAAAUGUCCAUGGGUUCUACUGAUGAUGAUGAAAAGGUCAGCCCUUUUGCCAAAGCUGGAUUCUUCAGCAGGCUUUCAUUCUGGUGGCUGAAUCCAUUGAUGAAAAAAGGCAAAGAGAAAGUUCUUCAAGAUGAGGACAUCCCAUUCCUCAGAGAGCAAGACCAAGCCGAAACAUGCUACUCAACUUACUUGGAGAGAUUAAGAAAAUGGAAAGUCGAAACAGGAUCAACUAAUGAGCCACCACCUGCAUUAUGGUCAACACUACUUUCUUGCUACAAGAAAGAAAUUCUGCUAUCUGGCUUCUUUGCAUUGCUCAAGCUACUCACUCUCUCCACCGGCCCUUUGCUCCUAAAGUCCUUCAUUGAUGUCGCUGAGCACAAGCCAGCUUUCAAACAUGAGGUCUAUGUGCUCACAUUAGCACUCCUCACAGCCAAAUGCAUUGAGUCAAUCUCGGAGAGGCAAUACGAAUUCCAAAUUAGAUCAGUUGGGGUUCGAGUGAGGUCUCUAUUAUCAGCAGCCAUCUACCAGAAGCAACUAGUUCUUUCAAAUGCUGCUAGGAUCACACACUCCCCAGGUGAGAUUAUGAGCUACGUCACCAUAGAUGCAUAUAGAGUAGGAGAGUUUUCAUAUUGGUUUCAUAAGAUUUGGACCACCGGCCUCCAGAUAUUCCUCGCAUUGCUCAUCGUCUACUAUUCCAUCGGAAUGGCAACAAUAGCAGCUUUUGUCGCCAUUGUGUUAACAGUCAUUGGAAGCUCACCCUUGACCAAAUCACAGCUUACAUAUCAAACAAGGCUCACCCAACAGCAAGACAGGAGGCUGAAGGCGAUAACCGAGGCGCUUGCAAACAUGAAGGUAUUGAAGCUGUAUGCUUGGGAGAAUCAUUUCAGGGGAGUCAUAGAGAAAAUUAGGAGAGAAGAGCUUGUUUCCAUUUCCAUGGUGCUUUUCCAGAGAGGCUGCAUAAUGAUCCUGUUUUGGUCAUCUCCUGUGAUAGUUUCAGCAAUUACUUUCUGGGCUUGCUACUUGCUCAGCAUUCCACUCAAUGCUAGCAAUGUCUUCACAUUCUUAGCAACAUUGAGAAUUGUUCAGGAACCAAUUAGAAUGUUGCCUGACGUGGCUACUAUGUACAUAGAAGCUAAAGUGUCGUUGGAUCGAAUAGGAAAGUUUCUCGAGGCACCUGAGUUGCAGCACAGGAGCAUUAGGCAAAAGGACAACAACAACAGAAGCAUAAAUCCCAUCUUCAUCCAAUCUACUGAAAUUUCAUGGAGCAUGGAGACUACUUCAUCUAAGGCUACAUUGAAGAACAUAAACUUGGUGGUUGGACUGGGAAAGAAGGUGGCCAUUUGUGGAGAAGUUGGAUCAGGGAAAUCAACACUGUUGGCUGCGGUCCUGGGAGAAGUUCCCACAAUCAAUGGUACAAUCAACGUUUAUGGAAGAAUAGCAUAUGUUUCUCAAACGGCAUGGAUUCAAACUGCAACAAUAAGAGAGAACAUCUUGUUUGGGUCUUCCAUGGACCCGGUUAGAUACCAAGAGGUGGUGAAGAGGUGCUCCCUGGUGAAGGAUCUGGAAAUGCUUCCAAAUGGGGACUUAACUGAAAUCGGAGAAAGAGGAGUUAACCUUAGCGGAGGACAGAAGCAAAGGGUUCAACUUGCUAGAGCUUUAUAUCAGGAUGCAGAUGUAUACCUGUUGGAUGAUCCAUUUAGUGCUGUUGAUGCACAUACUGCAACGAGUCUGUUCAAUGAAUAUGUGAUGGAAGCUCUAUCAGGGAAGACUGUUUUACUAGUGACCCAUCAAGUUGACUUCCUUCCAACAUUCAACUUGAUCCUGUUAAUGUCUUCAGGUGAAAUCUUGCGAACCGGCACUUACGAUGAGAUGCUAGAAUCCUGUCAAGAGUUCAAUGAACUGGUCAAUGCCCACAAGAACGCAACAACUGAAGGGAGAAAAAGCCAGCAUGAUGCUAGUGGAGAGACUACAGCUGAUGUUUCAACCACAGAGAUUAUGCAGGUUGGUAAGCAACCCAAUUUAGCAGCAUCAGGAGAUCAUCAGUUGAUAAAGAAGGAAGAAAGGGAAACAGGGGAUACUGGUUUCAAGCCUUACAUAGAUUACUUGAGCAAGAAGAAAGGGUUCAUGUUCUGUUUCUUGACAGUCCUUUUCCAAUUCUUGUUCAUCGUCGGGCAACUGUCACAGAACUAUCUAUUAGCUGCUAACAUUCAGAAUCCUGGAGUGAGUAGAGUGACACUGUUCAGUCUAUACACUGCCAUUGGAUGCACAUUGCCAUUCUUCAUGUUCUUGAGGAGUCUUUCCAUAGUUAGACUCGGCUGUGAUGCUUCAGAAUCAAUCUUUUCCACGCUCAUGAACUCUCUGUUCAGGGCACCGAUGUCCUUCUAUGACUCUACCCCUCUGGGAAGAAUACUCAGCCGGGUUUCUUCUGAUUUAAGCAUCAUAGACCUUGAGCUGGCAUUUAAGUUAACAGUAUCACUGGGAUCAACUCUAAAUGCAUACACUAGCUUGGCCAUAUUAGCAAUUCUAGCAUGGCCUGUCUUGUUCAUAAUCAUGCCCAUCCUUUAUCUAAUCGUGGUCUUACAGAGAUACUACUACAAUACGGCAAAAGAGCUAAUGAGGAUCAACGGGACAACAAAGUCAUCCGUUGUGAGCCAUCUCGCCGAAUCCAUCGCUGGAGCCAUGACGAUCAGAGCUUUCGAGGAGGAACAAAGAUUCUUAGCUAAGAACCUUGGUCUUAUUGACAAAAAUGCAAGCACUUACUUCCACAACUUCUCAGCGAGCCAGUGGCUGAUCCAACGACUCGAGAUUCCUUGUGCAAUUGUUCUCUCAGCUGCAGCACUUACCAUGAUUUUGCUACCUCUUGGUGAUUCUGCUUCAGGGUUUGUUGGUAUGGCACUGUCAUAUGGUCUAUCACUAAAUGUAUUCCUCAUAUUAUCAAUUCAGUACCAGUGCUUCACAGCAGAAUCAAUCAUUUCAGUAGAGAGGCUAGAACAGUAUAUGCAUAUUCCUAGUGAAGCUCCACCAGUGAUUGAGAGUGUAAGGCCUCCAGCCAACUGGCCAAGUCAUGGCCAAGUGGAGAUCUGUAACUUAAAGGUGAGGUAUCAAAAGAACAGUCCACUGGUUCUGCAUGGCAUAAGCUGCAGGAUCGAGGGAGGGAGCAAGAUUGGGAUAGUUGGAAGGACUGGGAGUGGGAAGACAACUCUCAUCAGCACAUUGUUCAGGCUGGUGGAACCCACGGAAGGAAGAAUCAUAAUAGAUGGGAUUGACAUCUCCACAAUAGGACUACAUGACCUAAGAUCACACUUCGGAAUCAUCCCACAAGAUCCAACCCUCUUCUGUGGCACGGUGCGGUACAAUCUGGACCCUUUGUCUCGGCAUACUGACCCAGAAAUAUGGGAAGUUCUGGAGAAAUGCCAGCUACGGGAAGCCAUUCUGCAGAAGGAAGAAGGCCUUGACACAUCAGUUGCAGAAGAUGGAUCAAACUGGAGCAUGGGGCAGAGGCAGCUAUUCUGUCUGGGGCGAGCACUGCUAAAGCGAAGCAAGAUUUUGGUGCUGGACGAAGCAACAGCUUCCAUUGACAAUACCACAGAUGCAAUCCUUCAGAGGAUCAUUAGGACAGAGUUUGCAGAGUGCACCGUCAUCACCGUAGCUCACAGAAUCCCCACUGUCAUGGACAGUACCAAGGUUCUCGCCAUGGCCGACGGGGAGUUGGCAGAGUAUGAUGAACCGGGAAAUCUGAUGAGAGAGGAAGGAUCUCUCUUUCGCCAGCUCGUUCAUGAGUACUGGUCUCAUUCUACCAACAACUGAUGAGAGAAACAAACUGAGUGAAUGAAUUCUGAGUAUUCUGGUUCCCUAUAAAAGAAAGGUUUGAUCUAUUAAUUUUUAUAAUGCUACUAUGGGGUGUGGAGGUAGGGUGGUCUGUUGUGUUCUUAUGAUCUAAGAGAACUCAUUGCUAUCUGCAAAGAGGUGGAGCAAAUGAUAGCAUCCUUCACCUUUUUUUAGCUCAAAUUUUGGGUCCAAUUUACACAUAGAGAAAAUGAAAUGUUCUCUGGUAAACGAAAACAUAUUCAAAUGGAAGGAUU